AUGAACUGGGGGAUCUUUGAGGGGCUCCUGAGCGGGGUCAACAAGUACUCCACUGCCUUUGGGCGAAUCUGGCUGUCUCUGGUCUUCAUCUUCCGCGUGCUGGUGUACCUGGUGACGGCUGAGCGAGUGUGGAGUGACGAUCACAAGGAUUUUGACUGCAACACCAAGCAGCCGGGCUGCUCCAACGUCUGCUUUGACGAGUUCUUCCCUGUGUCCCACGUGCGCCUCUGGGCCCUGCAGCUCAUCCUGGUCACCUGCCCCUCGCUGCUUGUGGUCAUGCACGUCGCCUACCGGGAGGCUCGGGAGAAGAAGCACCGAGAGGCAGUGGGGGAGGAUGGCGGGCGCCUCUACCUGAACCCCGGCAAGAAGCGGGGUGGGCUCUGGUGGACCUACGUCUGCAGCCUGGUGUUCAAAGCCGGCGUGGAUACCGCCUUCCUCUACGUGUUCCACUCGUUCUACCCCAAAUACACCCUCCCUCAUGUGGUCAAGUGCCACGCAGCUCCGUGUCCCAACACGGUGGAUUGCUUCAUCUCCAAGCCCUCAGAGAAGAACAUCUUCACUCUCUUCAUGGUGGUCACGGCCGCCAUUUGCAUCCUGCUCAACCUCGUGGAGCUGGCCUACCUGGUGAGCAAGAGGUGCCGUGAGGGCCUGGCAGCGAGGAGAGCCAGGGCCACGGGCGGAGGCCAUCGCCCAGACUGUCCCACCUCUUCCUACAAGGAAGACGACCUCCUCUCAGGCGACCUCAUCUUUCUGGGCUCGGACUCUCACCCUCCUCUCUUACCAGACCACCCUCGAGACCAUGUGAAGAAGACCAUGCUGUGA